AUGAUUAAAAACCCACUGAUUGUAUAUAUUCUUAACGCUGCUAUAAUAGUAUGUGCUGCUAUGUCUGUUAUGCUUUUCGCGGAAAGAGUUUAUAUGGCAAUAGUCAUAUUAUGUGUUAAAGCUCUAGGGAAGAAAAGAUAUACAAAGUAUAAACUGGACGCCCUGAAAGAAGAUUUGGAAAGUAACAACAAAUAUCCUAUGGUGCUAGUACAGAUACCCAUGUACAAUGAGAAGGAGGUCUAUAAACUUUCAAUUGGUGCUGCAUGUGGACUUUCGUGGCACCCUGAUAGGAUCAUAAUACAAGUUCUCGAUGACUCAACUAAUGCUGUUUUACGGGAAAUGGUAGCUUUGGAAUGCCAAAGAUGGAUAGCAAAAGGUGUGAAUGUUAAGUAUGAAAAUCGAGAUAACCGAAACGGUUACAAAGCUGGUGCUCUUCGAGAGGGUCUGGAAAAGGAAUACGUUAAAGAUUGCGAGUUUGUUGUAAUAUUUGAUGCCGAUUUUCAGCCAGAAGCUGACUAUUUAUGGAGAACCAUUCCAUAUCUUCUAGAAAAUCCUGAACUUGCCUUAGUUCAAGCUAGAUGGAAGUUUGUGAAUGCGGACGAGUGUUUGAUGACUCGGCUACAAGAAAUGUCACUAGAUUAUCACUUCAGUGUGGAACAAGAAGUCGGUUCUUCUACGUGUUCAUUUUUCGGAUUUAAUGGAACAGCAGGGGUUUGGAGACUAAAGGCCGUAAACGAUGCCGGUGGGUGGAAAGAUCGAACAACAGUAGAAGACAUGGAUCUUGCAGUUAGAGCUAGUCUUAAGGGUUGGAAAUUUGUUUUUGUUGGUGAUUUAUCCGUGAAAAACGAGUUGCCAAGCACAUUCAAAGCAUAUCGAUUUCAACAACAUCGAUGGUCAUGCGGUCCUGCUAAUCUAUUCAAGAAAAUGUCUAAAGAGAUAAUACUUUCCGAGAAGGUCUCAAUUUGGAAGAAAUUUCAUGUUAUCUACUGUUUUUUCUUUGUAAGGAAAAUAGUAGCUCACUGGGUAACAUUUUUCUUCUACUGCGUAAUCAUCCCGUUAAGUGUUAUGGUUCCUGAAGUUCAUCUUCCCAAGCCAAUUGCUAUUUAUAUUCCAGCAACAAUUACAAUCCUCAAUGCAAUUUGUACUCCGAGAUCUCUUCAUUUGGUUAUAUUUUGGAUCCUAUUUGAAAAUGUAAUGUCUCUUCACCGGACUAAAGCUGCCAUAAUCGGACUACUCGAGGCUAAUCGUGUGAAUGAAUGGGUUGUUACUGAGAAACUUGGGAACACAUUGAAACAAAGUAACGGUAAACCACGAAGAAAACGAUGUGGUUUAUGCGGUCUAGAAAGUCGACAUUUUUCCUACACAAAUCGUAUAGGUGAAAGGAUUCACUUACUGGAGCUACUAAUGGGAGUGUUUCUAUUCUACACUGCUAUAUAUGACUUCAUCAAUGGUCAUGAUCAUUUCUACCUAUAUCUUUUCUUUCAAGCUGGAGCAUUCUUCGUAAUGGGCUUUGGAUAUGUUGGGACAUUUGUGCCGAAUUAA